CCGUCCGUGGAGGUGGUGCGCGUUAUCGCUCCUUCGGCUCCUUUCUCAACAGUGCGCGAAAAGGAAUUUUCUGAUUUCUGCACAUACGUCUCAAGGCUCAUCCUCAGCGAGCAUGACGAACGUCAGGAGCACGUGGUCGCUGGGACUCGUAAUAUUUAUUAUAUCAGCACACGUGCAUGAUUCUCUCGCAAAACAUUAUCAUAUAAAAUUAAGGCACGGAAGGCAUCGCCGACAACAUGGCGAAAGUUAUCUGCCUAGCAGCUUCGUAUCAGACACAGAUGAGCCUGAGAGAGGCAAUUGGGGACCAUGGUCGACACCUAGUUCCUGUUCGCGCUCUUGCGGUGGCGGGGUCGCCCAUCAAACUAGACAAUGUCUCGAUAUUGAUGAUAGUGGUCAUGACAAGUGUACUGGUGCAUCCAGAAGAUUUUUCUCGUGUAAUAUUCAAGAAUGCCUUGGCAAAUCGAAAGAUUUUCGUACGGAACAGUGUGCGGAAUUUAACAAUGUACCUUUCGAAGGAAUUUAUUACGACUGGAUUCCGUACAUCGGAAGUCCAAAUAAAUGCGAACUAAAUUGCAUGCCACGAGGAGAGCGAUUUUUCUACAGACAUAAAGUCGCUGUGAUCGACGGCACUCCUUGUGAAUCCGAAAAGAACGAUGUUUGCGUCGAAGGCAAAUGCAUGCACGUCGGGUGCGAUAUGAUGCUGGGCAGUGAUGUCAAGGAAGAUGCUUGUAGAGAAUGUGGUGGCGAUGGCUCAGAUUGCAAUACCGUUACCGGUUUAUUUGACACAGACGAUCUUCAAGUGGGAUAUAUCGAUAUUUUACUUAUUCCCGAAGGUGCAACAAAUAUCAUUAUCAAAGAAAAUUAUCCAUCCAACAAUUAUUUAGCCAUACGCAACACAACCGGACAUUACUAUUUAAAUGGCAAUUGGAGGAUAGACUUUCCACGCAGUUUGCGCUUUUCUGGUACGAUCUUUCAUUAUGCUAGAGAUCCUCAAGGAUUUGCAGCACCCGAUACCAUCACGGCUCUGGGACCUACAAAUGAACCGAUUUACGUUGUGUUACUGUACCAAGAUCGUAACGUGGGAGUGCAUUACGAGUACAGCAUACCUAAGAAGUUUUCGAUCCGUACCGAUCCGGAUAGUUACACUUGGGUAACCGAUGAAUUUUCAAGUUGCAGUGUUAGUUGCGGUGGAGGCUACCAAUCGAGACGGGUAGCUUGUGUACGGAGGCGUGACAAUCAGCCAGUGGAUGAGAGUUUAUGCGAUCCGCAGUUGGAACCGACUGACAUUCAAAGCUGUAGCGAAGAACCAUGUCCGCCUAUUUGGGUAGAAGGCUUAUGGUCAACUUGCACCAAACAUUGCGGCGAAGGGGGCGAACAGACUAGAGAGAUAAAAUGCGAACAAAUCAUCUCAGGUGGAAUAGCUUCCGUGGUGGAUGAUUCUCAAUGUUUGGAAAAAGUGGGACCUAAAGGGCUUACUAAACAAGAAUGCAACAAAGACGUAGAUUGUCCACAGUGGCACGAAGGGCCCUGGAAGCCUUGUGAUCAUAUAUGCGGACCUGGUAAGCAAACGAGAACAGUUACGUGUUACAAGAAGGUCGAUGGCAAGAUCCAAGUGUUGGAAAAUGGAGCAUGUGAAGCGGAAAUGCCUGAAAAUGAAAAGGCUUGCGAGUUGAGACCUUGCGCUGGUCUCGAUUGGGUUACCUCGGAAUGGAGCGGAUGCGAGGAAAAAUGUGAUCUCAUCAAAGAAACCAGAACGGCCCAUUGUGCUACUCAAGAUGGCACAGUUUAUCCAGAUAAUUUGUGCGAUCCAGAUAAGAAGCCAGAAUUGGAAAGAGAUUGUGAUAAAGCUAAAAAUUGCGAUUUUCAGUGGUUCACCUCGCAAUGGAGCGAAUGUUCAGCAAAAUGUGGAUACGGCGUUCAAAUGCGCAAAGUAUUCUGUGGCACUUUUAGCAACGAUAUUGUGAAGAAAGUUUCGGACGAAAAUUGUGACCCCCAAAAAAAAUUUGAAAAUAUUAAAAAUUGCACCGCUGAAGAACCAUGUAAAGGCGAAUGGUUCGCAGGGCCUUGGAGCAAGUGUUCGAAGCCAUGUGACGGUGGCGACAUGACUCGUAAAGUAAUUUGUAUGAAGGACAACAAAACCGUACCUGUGAAUCAGUGUAAUGCCGACAAUAUCAUAUUCUCUACUGAAAAAUGCAAUGAUCAACCUUGUGAGGAAGGCGUGACACUAAUCGACGAGAAGCCAGAUGAAAUGAUAGACUCGAAGGAGGAAGAGUGUGAGGAGGAAGAGGAAGAAGAACAAUAUGCUGUUGACUUCAGUCUUCCUGCGGGGAAAGUGACAAUGGGCAAACUAAUAGAGCAAACAGAAACAACAACUCCGAAUUUAUUAUUUACCGGAAGUGACACUUACGACAUUAUGUUUAGUGAUUCUACGAGAGGCGAUAUAUCACUUUCCGAAUUGGGUAGCGGCGAAGGUAGUGGUGACGAUAAUUUUACCAUGUUUGAUACUAGCUUAUUCACCGGCAGUACUAUCGACAUUGGUUCUACCGUUGUCGAAGAGAGCGAAAGUUCAAUUAGUGGAAUUACGACGGAAGGCAAAACCGGCACCACUGAAUUCGGAACAGAUGUAAAUGAAUCAUCGGACAUCACCGAAAGAACUGACGUAACGCUCGAAGGAUCCGGUACCAGCUUUGAAGGAUCCGGUGCAUCUACAGACGAAUUUACUCAAGAAACUCAAGUCUCAGUAUCGGAAUUCGAUAGGACAACAGAACAAUCAACAGAUUAUUCCAUCACUAGCGAAUUGGUUAGCAAUAUAGAUAUCGAAUCAACUGUUAGUAAAAAUUCAGAAACAACAAUUGAAUCCAGUGAUACGACAACCGAUUCAAAUGAUAUAACAAGCAAUACAAACGAAUCAGAUGAUACCGAUAUCACUACCACUUCAACAGAAACCAUUAAAUCCACUGAAACAGAUACAACAGGUACAACAGAUACAACAGAUACAACAGAUACAACAGAUACAACAGAUACAACAGAUACAACAGAUACAGCCGAUACUGAAACGACCGAUUCGACAGAGAGUGAAACAACAGCAACUACUGAAUCUACAGACACGACCGAGUCUACGCAAUCUCCACCAAGUACACUUUCAGAAUUAUCUUCAUCAGAAACGGAGAUUACAGUAACAGAGAAAAUAGAAACGACUGCAAGCGAGAUUACCACAUCCGAAACAACGAUGACAUCAACAAUGAUUUCUCAGCAAACAACAGAAUUGAAAGUACAAGGAGAGUACGAUUUUAAUUCGGAGGAACAGAGUACUGAUGCCAUAACUACGGUAUCAAGUCAAACAGAUGAGAGUUACACUACAAACACUAGUACAGAAAACACUAUUGUUUCUGAGACGAGUCCAUCGGAUGAGACUGAAACAACUGGUAGCGAAAUAACUGAAUCGGGAGAGACAACUGAGUCCAGCACUAGCACGGGAUCGGCUGAGACAACAGAAUCCGGACUAACGACUGAAUCUAGCGAUGUUACGACUUCAAGCGCAAUUGUCGAAUCGGACGCAACAGAAUCUAGUGAGGCUACCAUCACAAUUUCUACGGAAACGGAAAUUACGGAUACUACCGAGUCAAUUAUAACGUCUAAAUCAAGCGAGACAACUGAAUCAUUAAUUACAACAUCGUCUUUUGAAGAGACAACAGUAUCUGGUGAAAUCAUUGUGACAGAAAUUACGUCCUCCACAAUUAGUGAAGAAAUUGAUCUUACCGAAAAGACUCAUAUCACAGAGGUAUGGACAACCAGCUUCCCAGAUAUAACGGCGCACAAACGGCAAUGCAAACCAAAGAAGAGCUGCAAGAAAACAUCGUUCGGAUGUUGCUACGACAAUAUCACUGCUGCUCAGGGACCAUUUGGUCAUGGUUGUCCGAUGCCGCAAACAUGCAACGAGACACGAUAUGGUUGCUGUUCCGAUGGCGUGUCACCAGCCAUUGGUCCCAAGAAUAAGGGUUGUCCAGACUCUCGUUGUAAUGAAUCACUUUUUGGUUGUUGUCCCGAUGGUGUUACUACAGCGCAAGGCAACGAUUAUGAAGGAUGCAAGAAACCAUGUAAAGAAACAGAAUUUGGAUGUUGUCCAGAUAACGAGACUGCAGCUAGUGGAAAGGAUUAUUUGGGAUGUUGUAAUGUAACUGAAUUUGGUUGUUGCCCAGAUGAUAUUAAAGCCGCUUCUGGUCCUAACAGCGAAGGUUGCGAGGAAGAAGUCACUUCUGAAACGGAGACAUAUGAAAUAACAACACAACCUGUUUCACUCGAAGAUUGUGCAAAUACCACUUAUGGUUGCUGUCCUGAUGGUAUUACCAUUGCAACUGGUAUCAAUUUUGAGGGUUGCGGUGUUAUUAAUAUCGAAAAUUGCAGCGCGUCUUAUUUUGGAUGUUGUCCUGAUGGAGUUUUUGCGGCUCUCGGACCGAGCAACUAUGGUUGUCGUAUGCCAUGUCACGACAGUGUUUACGGAUGCUGCGAGGAUGGAAUAACGCCGGCACAUGGACCAAACAACGAAGGUUGCUGCUUAUCGACACCAUACAAGUGCUGUCCGGAUAACAGUCUGCCAGCCCGUGGGCCAAACUUCUACGGCUGUGGUUGCCAAUACACGAGAUUCGGUUGUUGCCCAGAUAAUUCAACGGUAGCGCGAGGACUAAACAACGAGGGUUGUGGCUGUCUAUACACACCUUAUGGUUGUUGCCCGAAUCGAUUUACUCCCGCCAGCGGACGCAAUUUCGAGGGAUGCCCGUGUUACACUUAUCAAUUUGGAUGUUGUCCCGACGGUAUUACUAUCGCCAAGGGCUCUCAUGGUCAAGGCUGUGGAUGCGAGAAUACGAAAUAUAAAUGUUGUUCAGAUGGUAGAACACCUGCUAAAGGAUCAAAUUUUGCGGGCUGUACUUGCGACGCAUCGCAAUAUGGAUGCUGUCCGGACGGAAUUGAGGAAGCUCAAGGAGAGAACUUUGAAGGUUGUAUCACAAUACCUUCGGUGCCCGGUGCCGCAUGUGGAUUGAAAAAAGACAGAGGCUCUUGUCGAGAUUUUACGGUCAAGUGGUUCUAUGAUACCGACUACGGUGGUUGUUCAAGAUUUUGGUACGGAGGUUGCGAGGGUAACGAAAAUCGAUUCAAAACACAGGAAGAAUGUAAAGAAGUUUGCGUUCAACCAAAAGGAAAAGCUGCUUGCUUUUUGCCAAAAAUCUCUGGUCCUUGCGAAGGAUAUCAUCCAACGUGGUAUUAUGAUGCCGGCAGAAAGCAAUGCGGUCAAUUCGUCUAUGGUGGUUGCCUCGGCNCACUUGAGAAAAUUCAUGAAUCAACCAAACUGACAGAGUUGUAAGUUUCUCAUUUAAACUUUACUUUUACAGAUCCUUGCGAUCAGCCGAAAGAAGCAGGUCCUUGCGCAGGCAAUUUCACAAAAUGGUACUUCAACCGAGAAUCGCAAACUUGCGAACAAUUCGUAUACGGUGGUUGCAAAGCGAAUGACAACAACUUUCCGACAGAAAUUGCUUGCCACCAACAAUGCUUACAGCCAGGUCGAAGAAAAGUAAAACUGUCUGAUGUAUGCACCUUGAAGAGAGAUCCCGGACCCUGUCCGGGUUCGGCAUUACGCUGGUAUUACGAUAUCGAACGUGUCACUUGUACCCAAUUUGUUUACGGUGGUUGUAAAGGCAAUGCCAAUAGAUUCCGUACUCUUGCUGCCUGCCAGCAGCGUUGUCCUUCACAAGAUAUUUGCACGUUGCCGCGGGCAGAGGGUACAUGCAUAGAGAAGCAAUCUCGAUGGUAUUUUGAUCAAUCGGAGAAUCGCUGCAUGCCAUUCUAUUACACUGGCUGCAAUGGCAAUAAAAAUAAUUUUGAAUCUAGAGACGCAUGCGAAUCUGAUUGUCCGCCUAAAAUUGAGCAAGAUAUCUGUCUCCUACCCGCUCUUCUGGGAGAAUGCCAUAACUACACUCAACGAUGGUACUACGAUUCCUAUGAGCAACACUGUCGACAGUUCUAUUACGGUGGAUGCGGCGGGAAUGAGAAUAAUUUUAUAACCGAACAUGACUGCAUCAAUAGGUGUGUAGCGGUUAUCACCACUCCAUCUCCACCAGGACAAGUUGAGUUCCAGCCAGAAUUUUGCUUCUUACUCGACGAACAUGGUCCUUGCUCCGAAAAUCAAGUAAAAUGGUUUUACGAUAGUCGUGAUGGUGUUUGCAAACAAUUCCGAUACGGCGGCUGUCAGAGUAACGGCAAUAAUUUCAAUACUCGCGAAGAGUGCGAAUAUCGCUGCGGAGAAGUUCAAGAUCCUUGCACUCUACCAGAAGUGAUCGGUCCUUGUGACGGUUUCGUAAAGCAAUUCUACUAUGACAAGCGCACUGAUUCUUGCUACGAGUUCGAGUAUAGCGGCUGUCAAGGAAACAAAAAUCGCUUCCAGGAUAGGGAAUCUUGCGAGAAAAAAUGUAGACGGCAAACAGCUGCGGUUACACCGGAGAUUACUCCAACACUAGCCACGAUAACUCCACCGACUGGAGAACCAAAGAGUACGAUUUGCUUGGCGCCAGUCGAUUCUGGCGAUUGUAGUGACAGUAUCACCGCGUAUUACUACGAUGCCCAACAUCAGAUAUGUCAGGCGUUUAUUUAUGGCGGAUGUGGUGGAAAUGCUAAUAGAUUUCAAACCGAAGAACAAUGCGAGCGACUCUGCGGAAGAUUUCACAGACAAGAUAUGUGUAAUCUCGCUGUGGACUCCGGCCCAUGCAGAGGUACUUUCCGCAAAUAUUAUUAUGAACCAGGUUUACGUGCUUGCCGUGAAUUCAUUUACGGUGGAUGCGAUGGCAACGCUAACAGAUUCAGUACAAUUUCUGAAUGCGAGUCUAUUUGCAUACAUCAUGAAGAACCUGUACCUCCCGGAAAUGACACCAGCGCUUUAAAUUUAUCAAUCUGUAAAGAACCAGUUGAUAGUGGAUCUUGUACGUCCGGUGCUACAAAACGAUUCUAUUUCGACGAGGAACAUCAAACGUGCCGGGCGUUUAUUUAUACCGGAUGUGGUGGCAAUCGCAACAGAUUCAAGACUUUUGAAUCUUGCAUUAACACUUGCCUUAGGACGAGUAACGAAAUUGAUGUGGAUUCGAAGGAUACGAAAGAUCAAUGCACGGAGGCCAAGGAAGAGUGUAAUAUUAUCCGUUGUCCAUACGGUAAGGAACAGUACGUGGAUUCGCAGGAUUGCGAACGCUGUCGUUGUGUCGAUCCUUGCAGAACAAAAAUCUGUCCUGAGAGUACUCGAUGCGCCAUUACACUAGUCGCUACGCAAGAUGGCACGGAAUACAAAGGCGUUUGUCAAUCGAUCGUUAAACCCGGUCGUUGCCCAAAAGUAUCCAACAGUACACGAUGUGAACAAGAAUGUGUCACGGAUGCAGACUGUCCUGGAGAAUGGAAAUGCUGUAAUAGUGGUUGCGGCACAUCCUGUCUGGAACCUGCACCAGAAGAAGUUUCGACGACAACAUCACGGUCUACCGUUAUCCCGCCACAAUAUGGUGGUGAACCUGCAAUGAUUCAACAACCCGAAGAACCUCAUAUCAGCGCGCAAGAAGGUGGCUAUGUUACAUUGAAAUGUGUCGCACUAGGAACUCCCAGGCCAAUCAUCACAUGGAGAAAAGAUACUACAUUGAUUGGGCCUUCAGAGAAAAGACGGCGUAUACUACUCGAUGGAUCUCUUCAGAUCAUUAAUUUAUAUACUUACGAUAGAGGUACUUAUGUAUGUACCGCUGAUAAUGGUUUAGGGCCACCGGUAAGGGCGGAGUAUCAAUUAGACAUCACAGAACCAAAUGAACUUCCCGUCGCUAUCAUCGGAGAGCCCGAUACUCGUAUAACGGUGACGAUGAACUCGCCGAUAACUCUGCAUUGUUAUGCCAUGGGAUGGCCGAGGCCACUUGUCACUUGGUGGCGUGGCGACCAAAUGUUACCUCUAUUUUCGGACAAUUACGAGCAAGAUACCGAUUAUACUCUCUUAAUACGCUCGGUAACUCUAACCAGCCUCGGCAUUUACACUUGCCAGGCAUUUAAUGGCAUCGGUACACCGGCCUCUUGGUCGACAACCUUGCAAGCAGUCGGACCUGUCUACAAUGUUAAAUCUGAACACGAAGAAUACACCAAGUAUCUUGUCCAACCACCGAAGAGACCCACUACCGAAAAACCACAAUAUCCUUACAGGCCUACCAGAACGCAGUCUCCAGAACAUCAAACUUACGCUCCCGUCUAUUCCUCGAAACCACCUUACAUCCCUCGUGUUGUUCCUCUUGAAAUCACUACCACUGAGCCCAGUAGCGCCAAGUUUAAAGUGCCGGUCAAAGUCAAUGUGUCGGCAGGACAAUCACAAUUCCCUGAAGGCAGUGACAUAAGCAUCGCUUGCAAUGUCGAUGGUUAUCCGAUCCCACGUGUACUCUGGUAUAAGGACGACGAACUUAUUCGAACCAACAAUCGAAUAAAGAUUUCUGGUAAAGUCACACAAGUCCUAAUGUCGAUACGUUUUAAUAAAAAGCAAAUGUUUUCAAAGAUACCAGAAGAUUUGCAGGUCCUGAUUUCAGGUAUCUUUAUUCAUCCCCAUUGCCAAGAUAACACGUUUUUCGCCAACUGCGAACUUAUUGUUGCAGCCAAGUACUGUACACACAAGUACUAUGCAAAGUUUUGCUGCCGAUCAUGCACAGAGGCUGGUCAGUUACCAGCGAGAGGACCUCAUAUCGAUAAUUCGAGAAGAAAAAGGAGAUUUAUUCCGCGAAUGCUUGUAUAAGACACCAAAUUGACUUUUCGAUAUUACCGACACACGUGAUAGCACGUAGGUAAAUACUAACAUAAAUAUCGAUUCUGGAUCGUAGCCGGCGGGCUUCGCAAUAAAAAGAAAUUGCGCGUACCUGCUCUGAUCGGAUGUGCCGGAUAAUCGAUUAAUUAAAAAUUAAAUCACUGCCAAAGCCUUAGAGCGUUUAUACA